AUGCUAGGCUUUAAAUUUUAGUAAUGCCCCUAUUAUUCCUAUGUCAAUUUCAACUUAUUGUAAUAGCAACUUAAUUAUGAAAAUUUUGGAGAUACUCAGAUAGAUCAUGAACAAUAGAUGAUAGAGUAUUUUAUUGAUGGAUCCAGAUGUCUAAGAUUGUAAGAUCUAAUAUACUCAAUAGUAAGACAAUUAUUUACUAAUUUAGGAAGUUAAAUUCACCAAAUUUCAUUUAGGAUAACUAUUGGUUCUUUUUUAAAAAAUAUUAGAAAAAAUUUUUUAGAUGGAACAAUAAGAAUUAGAACAUAACUUUUUAGAUUAGACUAGAAUAUGGUUAACUCUGGAAUAAAACAGUCCACCUUUAAAGAUAACAUAUCAGACAAUUCAAUAUAAAAUAAAUUUUACAGGUUAUUAAUGUAAAUUAUAUGAAAAUGAUCUUGAUGAAUCAAUAAAAGCAUCUGAAAAAAUAUUAAUAAUAAUUUCUAGUAUUUUAUAAGAAUUUAAGGAAAAAAGAAUUGCUUGUAAUAAUGAUAAUACAAAUUUAUAAAAAAUUGUUAAUGAAAUUUAUGAUCCAAUAAUUUAGUAAUGUUAAAAAGGUGGAAUUAUUGAGACAACUAAUAUAAUAAUUAAUCUUCUAUAAAAAUUUUAAUAUGAAAAUACAUUCUAAACUAUCAGCUUUGAUGAUAAAUAUUUAGAUUAUUAUUCUUAUUCUCUAAGAGAUUAUAGAUUAACAGAUAUUAAAUUAGAGUUGGAUGAAUUCAUUAAUACAUAUGGAUAAUACGGAAAACAAUUAGAAUCAAUUCUAUUGCUAAAAGUAAAGAAAAUCGGUCAGAAUUUGGAUAAUUUUUAUAGUCCUAAGAAUGAAUUUGAGAAUCAAGAAAUUGAAAAUUUUUUAAAUCUAGAAAAACAGUUCACCUAACAGAAUAUUAAAGAGAUAGCAACAUUCGUUGAAAUAUUAACUGAUAAUUCAAUUGAAAACAAUUUAAGUCAAUACAAAUUUUAAAUUUCUCCAGAUGACAGAAAAAUAAUUUAUGAUAGCAUUUAAACUAGGGUAAGAGAUUAAAAAUUAUUUAAAUAUUUUGAAACCUAUCCUAUGAUUUUUAUCUAAAAUAGAUUCAGGUUUUAGGAUAACUUAAGAUUUAUUUAUUAAAAUUUAAUAAAAGAAAUUGCCGAGUAGGAAGUAGAGUUAUAUGUUGAAUUAUAAAUUCUAAUGUUGAUUGAUGAAUUGAUUUGA